GUUUCUGUGGGAAUAUGGGUGAUCAUUCUCAUCUUACAGGCCCCGAUUCUUCAUUUCUCCAGGUUGAGACUUAAUGGUGAUGGUAAGAUCUGUCAUGACACCACCAUCAAGGAGCUCUUCAAUGACUUUCUGGUCUACAGCUCGGUGGUGAUGUUUCUGCUUUUUGUCAUACCGUUUGGAGUGGUGCUGGUCUGCAACGGCCUGAUGGUGAAGAAACUUCUUGAUCCCGGCGAUCUCAGAGAACCAAUGUCACAGCACUCAAAAAAGAAGUCGGUGAAGAUGAUCAUUAUUGUGCUUCUGGCUUUCAUGUUGUGCUUCUUGCCUUUCCAUGUGAACCGCAGUAUAUACUACACCUUCCGUUACCUGGACAAACACGACUGCGACAUAAUACGACUCUCCAACAACAUCUACAAAGUCAUGCAAACUCUGGUCAGUCUCAACAGCUGCAUCGACCCCAUCCUCUACUUCAUGGCAGGACAGAGCUUCAGAAACAGCAUCAACAAGAAAUCAAGCAUAAAGUCUGACAAAUCCCACUCAACAUUACAGUAAAAAUGUAUUUAUUUCAUAGAAUGACUAUACGUCCUUUUUUCCUAGACAUGUCCUGGCCAGGAUUUCUAAAUUGCCUAAAAUGUCCGGUUUUGGC